AUUAGAGCUUCUCGCUCGAAAAAAAACUUACUUGAGAUCCCCGAAGGUCUGAUAAGCUAGAUGAGGACUCAAUGGCUAGGUUUCUCUUAAUUUCAUUACGGAAUAAUCCUCUAAGAUGCAUAUCUCGUGUUCAAAGGCGGCCGCUAGCUCGCCAAUGCCAGUCGAUUUUUCAACUAGAGCACACAAGAUUCAUCCAAAAGGAGGCCACUCACGAUGAAGAUAUUCCGGGGGAUAGUUCUCAAAAUAAGGUUCUAUCCUUCCCGGAUGAGAUGAAGAAAUACACAUUCGAGGACCCGUUUCAGAUUUUUGAAGAAUCCUGUACGUUGUUAAAAGAUCAACCACCAAAGAGGCUUGAGUUUGAAGUUGGGCAAGAUAUCGUGGUUUACGGCUAUAUUGGCAAGCGAAAAGACAUGCGUUCUAACUUUAGCUUCUGUCCUUUUGAACAUAAGGAUUCUAAAGCUGAUUUUCAGAUUGUGUCCCAGUGGGAUGACCCUGAUUCCCGUCAAUAUUUCGCUCACCAAAAUUUAAAGGCUAUACCAUCUUACAGUCCGGUUAUGGUGAUGGGAACUGUCCAGGAAUCCAAACAGACUGCUACAGACCCAUUAGUAGAAGCAAAAGGCUUGAGUAAAGUGGAACUUAAAUUACAAUACAUACGAUGUCUGAACACAUUUCCCAAGGACGUCGCCGUGUCCAAGGAUACUGUGUGGCCAGCCAAGUCACGUCACAUGCAACUACGCUUCGAUCCUUUUCUUCGAGAUAGGUUAUUUUUCCGUACUUGGGUCAAGAGGUCAUUAGUACACAUUUUAUCAACCCAAGAGUUCCUCGAAAUUGAAACACCAAUUCUCUUCAAGUCGACUCCGGAGGGCGCUCGUGAAUUCUUGGUUCCGACCAGGAGGCAGGGUUAUGCGUACGCGCUGCCGCAGAGCCCGCAACAGUAUAAGCAGACUCUCAUGGCUGGCGGUAUCCAGAGGUACUACCAAUUUGCCAAGUGCUUCCGUGACGAGGACCAUCGUGCCGACAGGCAACCCGAAUUCACCCAACUAGACUUAGAGAUGGCCUUUGCUACUGGGAGGGAAGUCAUGGACCUUCUUACUAUGAUGGUUACUACUCUUUUUACCCGACUUCAUAGACAUUGGAAAAUAGUAGAAAUUAACGGCAUACGACAUCCAGUGCGCAUCAAGGAGAUGGUGGGGAAAAGGGAUUCACUAGAGACACCGGCUUCACCAGAGACUGGAUUGGCGGACGAAAUUAACACUCCGGAAAUAUCCAAUCGCUUUCCAAGACCAAAGCCUAUGACGAUUAUGACAUACGAAGAUGCAAUGGGAAGGUAUGGAUCUGACAAGCCAGACCUGCGCAUCGAAUUACCCUGGGCAUCAAAUAUAUACCAAAUAGGGGAAAAUGGAAAGGGUCUCCCUUCACGAUUUACCCAAAUGAUAUCUGACUUGCAAGAUCCUGUCGUCGAAGGCUUUAGGUUUCGUCUGUAUGACAGUCGUCCCAGCGAGUCCGUGAAAUUCAUUAGGGAAUUCAUGGACAACCUUCCCAACACUACACUCAAAAUAGGCCCCGAGAGUGUCCCAGGCGUAUUCGUCUACGAUUCUAGUAAACCGCUCUACGGAUUAUCGGCUUUAGGUCACGACGGAGCCGAAGUUCUUAACGACAUGGAGGAUAGCUGGCCUCAAUGCGAGGAUGGAGACAUUAUCAUCAUGCACGCACGGAACGACGAGCCCCUAUCCGGAGGAUCGACGGAGCUCGGCAGAAUUCGAACAGCACUCUACUGGGCUGCUGUGAAACAGGGCUUAAUACCAGAGAAUCACGAGUUCAAACUCCUCUGGGUCCACGGCUUUCCGCUCUUCUCACCGACGGGAGACGAGGUGGGACAAGGAGGCACAGCAGGAAUCUGCUCGACGCAUCACCCGUUCACGGCCCCGCUAAACGACGAGGAUUUCAAAAAUCUCAAGACAGACCCGCUCAAAGUCAGGGCUGAUCACUACGACCUUGUCAUCAACGGAGUUGAGAUCGGUGGUGGAAGCCGGCGUAUACAUGUCGCCGAAGUUCAAGAGUACGUCAUGCGAGACAUUCUCAAGAUGACGGACGAAGGAGUCAGCCAGUUCUCUCACCUUAUCGACGCCUUGAGAUCUGGAUGCCCACCGCACGCCGGAUUCGCGAUCGGUUUCGAUCGGUUGAUUUCCGUGCUACUCGACGUGCCGUCUGUUCGGGACGUCAUCGCGUUCCCCAAGACCAACAGAGGUGAAGAUCUUCUCGUUGGUAGCCCGGCAAAGGUUACACCAGAGCAGAAGAAGACGUAUCAUAUAUUCGAAGAAUCUGAUAUAAAACCUACUACGGAAUAGAGGCGUGACUACAAUGUCACAUGUGUAUAUCAGACAUAAAAUGUACCAUAAGGGACUCAAUACCACUGAUUUCAACUCUAGGAUAGAAUACCAGGCAAUAGACGAGGGGUGUAUAAAAACGAGCGAUCAAUUAUCUCGAGUACGUCCUACCGUCAACUCGGACUGUAUAUUCUAACGAACACGCCAAAAUACUGCCAUUUUCCCUUCCUGUUAUUGC